CUGCCUUACAUAUUGUCGGUGUGAUGAACCAAGCUGGCGACGCCACGGAUGACGAUGCGACACUUCCAGUGCCACACUACAUGCUUCCCAACUUCUCGUCCAUCCUUCCUGAGUAUGCGAACUCGGAGGCCGAGCACAUCAAGUGCGCCUUCUCCACGGGGAAUUACACAUCGAUUCUGAAAAUGCCCACCCGCCUCGCUCCAACUGCCGUGACGCAUGCAAGGCAAGACGCAAUGGACGAAAACCGGCGGAAUGCCGCGAGGGGGCCGCCAAAGAUGGUGACGAAGAAUGGUCUCUUCAACCAGUUUGAAUACACGCCGUCGCGGUUCAGCCUCAGCGAAGAAAUCCUCCGUGCCGAGCGCCUGGAAUCCGAAGCGAAACGGCUCGAGAUUGGCGGCAAAGACUUUGUGUGCAGUAGUGGCGCGCGCAAGCUCAAGUUUGAAGACGGGUUCGACGACAAGGACUAUGUGUACCCGCACAUGGAAGUACACUACCAUGACGCCAUCGACGCUGCCGUUCGGGAGAAAUGGAUGGAGGACAAGAAGAUCUUGUACGGACCGUUCGUGCCGGGGGGACGCACCAAAGCGAUUGGCGCGCCCCCCACUCGAAAGAUGCUGCCAGACAUUUUGAAAGAGUUGACAGAAACGAUCGUAAACGACUGGGACGAGUGCAAGAUUGAGAUUGCCCCCACUGAAGACGGCAACAUUGCGAUUCGCUUUGACUUGGACACGCUCGGGGGCGUCGAGCAUGCUGUCACUGCGUACAUGAAUGUGCUGUGCAACAACCACCAUCUCACGACAAAGUACGCACUGCUCAAGGUGGUCGAAGACUGGAACACCAAGCCUGGCGACAACGGAUUGUACUUUGUGUUUCGACCGCCGUGGAUUCGAAACCCUAUCCCCGAGUCGUUUAUGGACUUGACGUUGGCCACAGCCGACGAAAACGAUCUAGGCUAACGGCGCACACUAGUAGUUCACGAACCAUUUGCAGUAGUAGCGUAGUACAGUACAAUCUAACGUCGUUACGUCAAGCUUCAACUUGAACCUGCUG